ACGAUAAACUAGAAGAUCUCGAAGAGGCAAAUCCAUUCUCCUUCAAAGAGUUCCUGAAAUCCAAGAGCCUCGGCCUGUCAGAGGACACAGGCAGCAGUAGGGUUUACUCCAAGGAAGCCUCAAGGCACUCCCUGGGACUCGACCACCACUCCCCGACCAUGGGGUACGGCCUGGGUUAUCAGCAGCCGUUUUUUGAGGACCCAACUGGAGCCGGUGACCCCCUGGACGAAGAUGAUGAGGAUGGCGGGUGGAAUGGGGUCUACCUGCCGUCCGCUGUGGAGCAGACGCACUCCUCCAGGGUCCCAGCCAGCACGUCGCCCUGCGGCACGUACCUGUCCUUUUUCUCCACCCCGUCGGAGCUGGCGGGGCCUGAGUCUCUGCCCCCCUGGGCACUCAGCGACACGGACUCACGGGUGUCGCCGACGUCUCCGACGGGGAGUCCGAGCACAGACUUCGCGGGCCACGGGGAGUCUCUGGGACACAGGCACCUGCAGACGCUGCAGAUAAGUUACGAAGCUCUGAAAGACGAGAACUCUAAGCUAAGAAGAAAGCUGAGUGAGGUUCAGAGCUUCUCUGACACUCAGACAGAAAUGGUGAGGACUCUGGAACGGAAAUUAGAAGCGAAGAUGAUCAAGGAGGAGAGAGAACCUCGACCUGAUGACUAAACGGGCCGUAAAGGCAGAAAGUCAUGUCACGAAACUGAAACAGGAGAUAAGUUUGCUCCAGGCACAGCUCUCUAGCAUCAAGCGUGAGAAUGAGGCCCUGCGCUCCGGCCAGGGCGCCAGCCUGGCGGUGGUGAAGCAGAACACGGACGUAGCCUUGCAGAACCUCCGUGUGGUCAUGAACAGCGCACAUGCUUCCAUAAAGCAGCUGGUUUCCGGAGCCGAGACCUUGAACCUGGUCGCCGAGAUCCUCAAGUCUGUAGACAGAAUUUCCGAAGUUAAAGAGGAGGAGGAGGGCUCCUGAGCACCACCAGGGUGCUCCCGGCCCACAGCUCCACGUCGGCUCACCCGCGCUUCAUCCGGACACGUGCCGUGCCAGCGUGGCCUUCACCCGGGUGAAGGUCGAGAGCGAGGUGUUGACUCCUGACCCGGAACAGUGGGAGCUGGCCACCUGCCCUGAGGGGCUCCUCCGGCGGCGUCCCACAGUUCAGACGACUGUUGAUAGAUGCUGAUAAUCUAUUGGAAGACAUUUUUGCAUAAGCAAGUGACUUUUUAAAAUGACUAGACGUGGAAAUGGCGUGUUCUGUUCCCGCCCUGGAACGGCCCCAGUGAGCUAUGCCAGCUGGCUGCUCCAGGUUUCCUGAGCGGGCAGAGUGCCAGGUGAGGGCACCAGUUGCCCCUGGCUCACAGCUCACGCCCGCAAGCUUGCCUGGACGGCUCCUGUAAGCGGCAGCCUGAGUGAGGAGCCACUGGUGGGGCCCCCGGGGACCAAGUUCCCAGACAUUCCACCUGUGCUGCCGCCUUGCCCUCUGGGAGUGUUCAAAUGGGACACUGGCUAGGCUGUCAUUCCAGGAGGCACUCUGCCCAAGGAGGCUCAGGAGUCGAGACCUUUGGGGACCUGCAGGGCCUUGGGGGCAGGGGCCUGCCCUCCCACUGUCUUCCUAGCCCUCUCCCAAGCGGGGCCUGGCACACUGCAGGCCUGCGGUCUUUCCCUGUGGGUGCUGCUUACUAGCUCCCCUCCUGUUCGUGUUAACAGCCUUCUCUGUUAGUAAACCCCGACGUUCAUACACGCUG